CCACUGACUCCACUCUAAACCUCAUUUCAUUUCUCUGUCCUCACAUUUCUUUUUUCUUCUUCCAGAAAUCGAUUCUCGCUGUCAAUCUGUAAACAUGGCUAACCACGAGGGUCAAGGAAGUGAGAAAAAUUCUGGAAAUUCUCGUGUCAGCCUCAAUGAAAGGAUUCUCAACUCAAUGUCACGAAGAUCUGUUGCUGCUCAUCCCUGGCAUGACUUGGAGAUCGGGCCCGGUGCACCUGCAGUUUUCAACUGUGUGGUUGAAAUUGGAAAAGGCAGCAAAGUUAAGUAUGAACUUGACAAAGCAAGUGGUCUGAUCAAGGUCGAUCGUAUUCUGUACUCAUCAGUUGUUUACCCACACAACUACGGAUUUAUCCCAAGAACCAUAUGUGAAGACAGUGAUCCCAUGGACGUGUUGGUAUUGAUGCAGGAACCUGUACUGCCUGGCACUUUCCUUCGUGCUCGUGCUAUUGGACUAAUGCCUAUGAUUGACCAGGGGGAAUCAGAUGACAAAAUCAUAGCAGUAUGUGCUGAUGACCCAGAAUUUCGGCACUACACAGACAUCAAAGAACUUCCUCCUCAUCGUCUUGCUGAGAUUCGCCGUUUCUUUGAGGAUUACAAGAAGAAUGAGAACAAGUCAGUGAAAGUGAAUGACUUCCUCCCUGGUGCUGAUGCAGUGGAAGCUAUCAAAUAUUCCAUGGACCUGUACGCGUCCUACAUCGUUGAAAGCUUGAGGCAAUGAUUCGGUUAUGGGGUAUGGUUUGUUGGUGUGGAAACUAGUUGUGAUUGUAGUAGGACUUGAGAGGGGGUGCCAAGAGACUUGUAAUGGUAUGAAGAAUGGUUUUUAAAAAAUAAAUCACCAAACCAGAAACUAAUCGGGUCUCUCAGAAUGGGGGAAAACCAUGUGAUUGUGUUUGGCAAAUCUGAAUAACUUUUCUUUUUCCUUGGUUAGAGCUUAAUAUCACCCAAGGAUUAUUGAGGGAUAA